AUGGAUCCGUCACAGCAGCCUCAACAGGGGCAGUUCUCGCAGUAUCAGCAGCAGCAGCAACAGUACCAAUACCAACCAGCCAUGGAAGGCGUCAAACCGCCGCCGCCCCAUGUCUCGCCCCGGAACAUUUGGCUCUCCAAGGUCAUUUUCCGCAUCCUGUCUGCCAUCUUCUCGAUUGUCAUCAUCGGCCUCUUGGCCUACAUUGGCACCGAGGGGUAUGACGGCUAUUACUACGGCACAAACCCACUUGCCGUCAUGCUGCCCCCAGCUUGCGCUGGCCUCGUCUGGGAUCUGGGCGAGCUGAUCGCUGUCCUCGUACGCGGUGGCCACCGUGGUACGCACCCGGGAGCUGUCGUCGCCCUGGACCUGAUCCUGUGGCUCGCGUUCGUCGUGACCGUCGUCGUCUUCGCGCUGGUGUACGCGGAAGACGACUACUACUACUGGUACGAGUACGACGAAAUCAUCAUCACAAACCGUGUCAUCGUGGCCUUUGGAAGCAUCGAAGUUGCCAUCCAUCUCCUCCUCUUCAUCUUUGGCUGCUACGAGACGAGCAUCCGCAACAGAAUGAUGCCGCCUGUCGUGUACAUCCCAGGUCCCAUGGGCUACGGUAUGCCACCGCCGAGCCAGCAACCCCAGCACUUCAGCCAGUACGGCGCCCACGCACCGGGGCAGCCCAUCAUGCUCCCUGUCGGCCAAGCGCCUCCCGCUGGCUACGUGGCAUACUCACACGGACCUCAGGAUGGCCCUGCCAGCAAGCAGUACGACGCAUCGACUGUCUCUCCUCUGCCACAGGAGCCCUCGCCCAUUCACACGACCCCCACGCCAGCACGUGGUGACUGCAGGGACUCACACCAACCGGUCGAGGUGUCGGGUCACUCCAACGUCGGCGCAUAA